AUCUAACAGUCGCCUAACCGUGUCUCCAUAGCGACCCCUAACGGUCACAAUCAGAGUCAGGUGUCCGUUACGCCGCGUUUUCGUCUUCAAGCGUUCCGUUCAAAAGCUCGGACACAGGGAUAAACUGGACUUCAAGCAAACGCGUGGUUGUUCUCAGCACGUCAGUGUGGGUUGACGGACUCUCUCAGGAUGGUGAAAAUAUCUGUUCUUAAGAUUGAGAACCCGUCCUGCCUCUGGUGUCGGGUCAUUCAGGGUCCCCGUGGUGACGCAGAGGCCACAGAAGAAUACAACCGUCUGCUGACUCAGAUGAACCUUUACUAUCACAGCGUCACUCUGGACCUGCGCAAGCUGAAGCCCACGUCGUUAGAGGAGGGACAGGUGUGUGUGGUGUACUGGUCAGCAAUAAAGUCAUGGUGUCGGGCUGUAGUGGAAUCUAUCGUUGUAGACUCCUGUCGGGCUCACUGUUUCCUGGUCGACCAUGGAGAACAGCUCAUCAUCCCCUCAGAUCAGAUCCGAGUUGCUUUACCAGACUUCCUCAAGCUGCCCUUCUUGGCGAGGAAGUUUCACCUUGUGAGAAUCAAACCCAUAACUCUGCGAGUGUCUGUCGACGAGAAGAAGGCAGAGCCCGUUCUGUCCACAGAGUGGGAUAGCUCUGCUACACUCUACCUGCACAACCUGCUGCAAGUGUCGACUCGGACGGAGGUCGUUUUGCUUGAACCUGAGUCAGACUCCACUUCCAUCGAGCUCUAUGUGACUGUUGGUGACAUCAAGAUCUGUGUGAACGAUGAUCUGGUGGCCAAGAAGUUUGCAGUUUACAUUAGCAAGUCAGCUGCCGACACUUGGCUGGACGAGGCGGACCAACUUCCGGUCAUGUUGAACUCCAGCAUCUUAAACCAGACUGUCUGUAUGACCUCAAACAAGCUGCCAGCAAAAACUCAGCCACCUCCUGUGAGGUCACAAAAUCUGGCUGUAGCUGGAGCAGAUGAUUGGCUGACGGAUCCCUCCACUCCACAGAGUCAACAGCACGAAGCCAAGCUGAAGACCUCUGAGGGAGGCAGCAGAAGUAUAGAGAUCACAGAAGAACAGCCGUCUCCAGGCAGCCAAUCAAAGAAAGGCUCAGACACCGUUGCUGCAAAGAGUGGCUCAUCAGAGGACACAGAUUCGUCUUUGGCUGCAGCUCUGACCAAAAACCUCAGCCUGUUCAGGUUCCUAAAAUUCCUGAAUCCUGACAGCAGCAACCAGCAGGUGGCUCCCAUUGUCAACCAGCACGAGGAGCUGAAAAACUGUCAACCUGAACAGACAACCUCCAUCAACGGCACAGGACAGGAAGUUGAAGCUGAAUGUCUUUUUGAGAGCAGUCAAGUUGAGCAUCUAACAGAUGAAGAAACAAGCAGUUCGAGUAGAUCAGUAGAGUCAGGACCGACAGAGGCAGAAAAGAUGCGGAGCAAUGAAGAGGAGGCCUGUUCACGCCUUUUGGAGUGGUUGAACCCGGAGCCUCUGAACCCUGAUUCAGACACUGCAGAUGAUGUGGUGGUUCCCAGUGAUCCCAGGAGGACUGGGAUUCUGGUGCACUCUGCCCUCCCAGUGGAGCCCUGCACCAGCCUAGAUGAUGCCCCCAUCACUGAUACGCUCCGUAGAGUGCUGCGGAGGAAACAGUACAAAACUCUGUCUCCAGCUGACAGUUACAGCUGGCCAGCUUUGGCUCGAGGGUGCAACACUGUCAUCAUCUCCCAGAAUGCCGACCAGCCAAUCAGCUACCUCCCCCCGAUCCUCACCCACAUCCUGCUCUAUUCCAUCUUCAACUCCUGCACCACCAAUGCAGGGCCGAUAGCAGUGCUGCUGUGUCCAGGCUGGGAGAAGGUACAGGUGGUGUGUGACGCGCUGGACGACAUGAAGGUCUUCCCAACUCUCAACCCUGUUAGUGUGCUGCUGGGUGUCGGCAAAGACGAGGCUAAAGCUGUCAGGAUCUCCAAAAACUGCCUGCUGCUAGUGACCACUCCCUUCAGUUUGGUGCGUCUCCUGUCCUGCCACUGCUUCCUCUUCCUGCGUCUGUACCACCUGGUGCUGGACGAGGCAGACCAGCUGUUUACUCACGCUCCAGACCAGAUGGUGACCAUUUUACAGCAUUUCCAGAAGGUGACCUCCAGCGAGGAGAAUGCAUCCUGUCCCCAGCAGCUCGUCGCCGUGGCGAAAAGGUGGACCAGUCACAUGGAGGGCUUGUUAGCCAAUCACAUGCCACACCCCUGCAUUGUCAUAACCCUCCCUGCAGAAGCUGCUCUGUAUGGUGACGUUCAGCAGAUCAUCCUCAUGUCUCUAGAGAGCAGUAAGAUCUCAGUACUGCUGGGUGCGUUGGAUUUCAACCCUGAUGUAGGCCAGAAGACUCUGAUUGUAGCCAACUCUGCUCAGGAAGUGGAAGACAUGUUCAAGGCUGUGAACAACAAAUCUGCAUUCUGCCUCAAGACCCAUGAAGGGUUAGCUCACAAGUUUGACUUUGUUGUACAGCAGUGGAGCAAAGACAUCGGGCCUGGCACUCAUGUUAUUCUGGUGACCACCAACGAGUGUCUGAAGUGUCUGGGGAUCAGAGAUGCAACUUGUGUCGUCCACUAUGGCUUUCCCAAUUCUCCCAAAGUGUUUGGCAGCCGACUCUUCUGCAUGGCAGAGAACUUCAGAAACCUUUCUGAACGAGUUCCUUCCCAGGAUCAGCCAGAGAGCCGCCCUCAUGUCAUCAGGUCAGUGCUGCUGAUCUCAGAGAGGAACGUCUGUCACAUUAUUGGGGUUCUGCGCUACCUAAUGAGAACCAGCGCCCUGCUGCCUUCUGAGCUGCUGUCCUUCGCUGAGGGUGUCCAUGUGGUCCGGGAGGAACAGAAGACCAACAGACCUCUCUGCAACUACCUAAAGAGUUUUGGAGUCUGCAGAGACAGCAGUGUGUGUCCCGACCGACACAGAUUCGUUCCUCACCUGGAUAAGUCAGUGCUUCCCGCUGCAGGAGUCAUAGAAGUCAUGCCUCUCUACAUUAAGACAGCAUCUGUUUUCUACGGCCGUAUUCUCUGGAAAGAGGUUGAAGAUUUUCAGAGCAUGGUGUCCGAGAUGACUUCUUACUAUACUGACAAGAAACCUGGGGCCAUGGACAUUCUGGAGGGAGGCUUGUAUGCGGUGCAGGAGGGCGAGGUCUUCCACAGGGUGAAGAUCCUGUCUGUCCCCGACAGAGGUGACCGUGUGUUUUCCACCAUCUUUGUUCGAUUUAUUGAUGUGGGGAAGGAGGAGGAGGUUAAAUGCCAUCAGAUCCUCCAACUCCCAGAGCAGUUUCACUCUCUGCCCGCCCAGGCUGUGGAGAUCGUCCUCUGCCAGUUGAAACCAGUUGACGCUGAGACCAACUGGCACCCCAAGGUCACCAGAGCAAUCACCCAGAAGAUUCGAGGCCUGCAGCAUCGAGCCAGAGUGGUUUUCAGUCUGGGAAACACUGUUUUCGUUGAUCCCAUGGUCCGUGUGACACAGGUGCCAGGUAUGAAAACUGUAAUCAAUGAACAUAACGUGCAGUCAGAAAUCUUGAACACCGGGAUGGGAGUCAGCAACCCGGAGCAUCUGAACCUGCUGAAGGCGCUCUGUCAGGAGAGCAAGAGCAACAGCUGCAAGGAGGCAUCUCACAUUUCUGGGUCAGGGGAUGGUCCGAUGUCUCCGGAGGUCAUCAGAGCUGAGGAAGAAAUUCUGGCUGAAGCAUUCAGAGCGAUUGAGGUCAGUCGCCUCGAUGACCUUCCAGAGCUCGAGCCAUGUGAGCCACGUAGUCCAGAAUCUGCAAUGAUCCAGUCCAUGGUAUCAGAACCACCAGUACCACAAGCACCAGCAGCAGGUGAACCCCACCUUGUUUCUGCGUGUGAUCAGAGAUCCCUUUUGGCAAGCCAGGCACCUAUUGAACAGAGAAACGACCACACUGCUGACCUGAAGUCAGCUGAGCAGAUGACGAGUUUCCACCCUCAGGUCCACUGGUACCAAACGUCCGACUCUGUGAUGGUGAAGGUGAAGCUGAUGAACCCGGAGAGUCAGUGCUGUGAUUUCUACCCUGACAGGGUCGUUUACAGUGGCAAAGUGAAUGGUCGGACCUACAGAGCCGACCUGGAACUUGAAGCCAGCAUUGCUGCUGAUGGCUGUUGCUGGGAAAUGAAGUCUAACGAGCCGGUCCUCAAACUGGUCAAACAACAAAAGGGAUACUGGGAAAGACUCCUCAGGAACAAGAGUAUUUUUGUGAGUUACGACAUGGAGCACUUGAAAGAGGAUGAAGGCAGUGCUCCAAAUGGUCUGAUGUUUUUGGAGCACCUAGGGGAUGACAACUGGAGUGUCAGCUCAGAGAGUGGCAGUGAGAGCGACUGAAGUUUAAAGACACUAAGCUAAGAAACAAAAAGCACUUCAUUUUUAAUGUCUUUGCUUUACAAUCCCAUCAUCUGUUUUCCAUGUGUCAUCUAUUGUAUUGGUGCUUGUGCUCAUCAGGGAUCUGGGAAGAGAAACAUGUAGAUUUGGAAUGAAAAUGUCUCCAACAAGUUUUUUUUUUUUUUUUCUUCAAGCAUAAACGACGAUGACAUUUGACCACCUCAAUUUCAUGUUGCAGAGAAGUUCAACCAAAUCUUUUGUCAGAAAUGUCCUUCAUAUGAGAAGAGAAAAAAACCCACGAGUCAAUUUUUCUUCAUCAGGCCAGAUUUAUAUUUUGCUGUGUCUCAAUUCAGAUACUUUUGUUAGUACACUUCUUUGUUGUACACUGUGUAGACUAUGUACUUCCUGACGUAGUGCUCCAAUUUUGGUAUGAUAGUGUUUCAAUUUGAGUGCAGCCGGUUAUUUCAAUUUUUUACAUUCCAUUUAUUGCAUCAGAGCCUUUCCAGCCAACAUGCAUAACAGCAGCACCCUGACUCUGUUUGACAUGAAUUACUAUCAUUGAUAACCCCUGUGUUUACCCCUGUCAAAAUGCCAAAUGACAACCUCUGUGGCAGUGAAGUGCCAAAAGCUGCAGUCAAUCACCAUAGCCCUCAUAUUAAAAUGUCCAACUUCACAGCAGAAAUAAACAUGUUAACAGCAUGGCUACUUUGAUUGACAGGUGGGUGCUGUUACAGAUGGCUUGUUCAAGCACCAAUGCGUCAUUCAUUACGUCUUUGACAAUGUUUAGAUUAGCCAGAAGGCGGAAGAAGCAGUACAUCAUACUGUGACGUAAUGACUGUAACUGCCAUGAAACAAUCAGGAAAUAACUUUAUAUUUCACUGGUACACUUGAUCGCUUUCUUGAUACAAGAGAUACUUUCUCUCCUUCCCUGUCUAUGUUGCUCGCUCUCUUUCUCAGACCAUUGGACAAAACCCAAAGGAAACCUUUUCAUGUCACUAUUUUGCCGCAUAGGCUUCAAGCCAAAAUAACUUCUCCACCACAGGUCUCUGCAUUUUUUUCAGGACCCCUUGCGACCCAUACCACUGCAGCCAAAACGCAGUCCCCUCAUUCAAAUGAACAAGGAAAAAUGACAAAUUGAAAUUGGUCCAGCAAUCAGUCUGUCAACAAGGUGGUCAAUAGAAACCAGUUACAGCUGUAGUUUCUGUGAAUAUCCAAUUAGUGCUUUUUGGUUCUGUAGAGCUUUAACCAUCUGAUGCUGGAUCCUUAAAAGAUAAUAUUAAAGAGCUUAAAAUGAUUUAUGUAAGUUAGGAGUGGGUAAUUUAAAGUUUAUGUUUUAAGGUUGGAGAACAUAUUUAAAGAUUACAGUUGGGGGAAGCUAACUUUGUGAAGCUUAACUGUCUAAUUCAUUCUUAUUAUUUUACUUUAUUAUAAAUGUUCAAUUUCUAAUGGCAUUUACAGCCCCCUGUUUAAAAAAAAACAUGGAGGAAAUCCAAAGUAAAGUUCAUUUAAAUGAGUAGAAAAAGAAAAACCUUAAUUUUGUAAUUUUAAUGUUGUUUUGUUGUUUUUUGCCGUAAGGUUUGUGGAUUGGAGCUAACGGUACCAGUAGUUGGAGUUUGUUACUCUGAUUGGAUGGUGUAUUUGUGGAUACAUAAGUGUUGAGUGGAUAUCCAAGCCUUCACUUUUGUUUGCAUUUAGGACAUAUAUGAAGUAUGUGUUAGUGUUAGUAAUGAAACUUGAUCCGUCAGGUUUCAUGGAUUUAUUUUCACUGUGAAAUUGUUUUCUGUUAAUGAAACUGAAUUCUGCUUCUUGAUUCUUGUGCUUUACUUUUAUAGCACCUUGUUUUCAUGAGAAGUAUAAAAUAUUUUUGUCAUUUAUAUUUUGUUUCUUUUUGUACUUUCAGCCAUAGUACAGUCGGUUACAAAAAAAUAUUCGCCCUUGAGACUCUAGUUCUUGUGACAUUAAUUUUUAUAAAGGUUAUAUAAUUAUUAUUUUUCCCCCAGUUAAGACAUCAAAGAGUUAUGCUGCAUAUAUGACAGUGUUAAAAGUCAUGAUGUCAUUUUCAAAUAAAUAAAUGAAUCUCUCCCUGAAUUAGUUAACACAAUAGUGAUUGAGAACCAACUAAAUUGUACUCUUGUCCAACGACUUCUUGCUGCGUCAUGCUCUCCUUUUCUCUUCUUAGCUUCCUUUGUCAACAUCUUAUCCUUUGUGUCUCUUAGCCACUGCUCUGCUUACAUUUCCCGCUCAUCUGACUUACCAGUUUAGGAAUGACACUGGUGUCACUCUCCAUCAGCAUUCCCUAUAGACUCCCCCCUGUCCUGGGCCUAAAACUUCCUCCUCCCAGCGAUCCAAAACACUCCCCUCCUUCUCCAAUCACCCAUUUCUGGGCAGUAUGGCUAACUGUGUAGAGCUAACUAGUUAACAGCAGCUACACUUCACAGUAGUUUUAGUGUCCCAUCAAUGGCACCAUGAGGCAAAAAUUCUCUGUGUUGUUUUCUUGUGUUUUUUCCCUUUUCUGCUCUCUAGAAAUCCAUCUAUCCAUUUUCUUCCUUUUAAUUGGGGGUUGGGUCCUGGUGUCUAUGCAACGAAUUCCAGAAAUCCCUCUCCGCAGCAACGUUUUCCAGCUCCUCCUUCGGGAUCCCAAGGCAUUCCCAGGCCAAAUGAGAUAUAUAUAAUCCCUCCAGCAAGGUCUUGGUCUGCCCCGGUGUCUCCUAGUUUACUUUGAUGUUGGCUGUGGGAAAAACAUCUCAACUUUAAAUCUACUUAAGAUGAAACUUUGAGAUAAAUUGAAUUUGUUAAAUUUAAUUUGGUGGUACAACAUUGUGAAUGGUCAAAGGGCUGAAUACUUUUGUAACUCAUUGUCGGUGAAGUUUCACAGGGUCACAUUUAUUUUGAGUGUGUGUAUGUGUGGUCAUGGUCUGGACUAAACUGUGGCACAGGGAUUUAAAUAACAGUGUGAUAUCAGACUGAUCCACAAAUGUUUCUAUAUGUUUAAAUUUACCAGCUUUAAAGUCCAUGUAAAGUAAGAAUAAAUAUGUGUUCCGAGUUUGUCAGACCAAAGAAGAAAGUGGUAUUAACCACCCAGCCAAAUUUGAAUGAUUAAAGAUAUUGACAAAUUUAUGAAAUUAGAUGUCAAAAUUGGGUAAAAAAA